CAGACCCUCAGCUGUUCUGCAGACUGCAGCCUGAUCACCAUGCGAGAAAUUGUACAUCUGCAAAUUGGACAAUGUGGCAACCAGAUUGGCUCAAAGUUUUGGGAAGUAAUAAGUGAAGAACAUGGAAUUGAUGCAACAGGCAUCUAUGAAGGCGACAGCAACCUCCAACUGGAGAGGAUCAACGUCUACUUCAAUGAGGCACAUGGAGGUAAAUAUGUCCCCAGGGCCCUGCUUGUGGACCUGGAGCCCGGCACCAUGGACAGUGUAAGAGGAAGCCGCAUCGGCGCCCUUUUCAGACCAGACAACUUCAUUCAUGGAAACUCAGGAGCUGGAAACAACUGGGCAAAGGGUCACUACACAGAAGGAGCUGAGUUGGUUGAGCAGGUUGUUGACAGGGUGAGGAAUGAGAGCGAAAGCUGUGAUUGCCUGCAAGGCUUCCAGAUGGUUCACUCAUUGGGAGGUGGCACAGGCUCUGGCAUGGGCACCCUUAUCAUCAAUAAGAUCCGAGAGGAAUACCCAGAUCGAAUCAUGAAUAGCUUCAGCAUCAUGCCAUCUCCUAAAGUCUCUGACACAGUGGUGGAGCCCUACAAUGCCACACUGUCGGUCCAUCAGCUCCUGGAGAACACAGAUGAGACCUACUGCAUUGACAACGAGGCCCUGUAUGACAUUUGUUUCCGUACAUUAAAGCUGACCACACCGACAUACGGAGACCUGAAUCACUUGGUCUCCUUGACCAUGAGCGGGGUCACGACCUCUCUGAGAUUUCCAGGACAGCUCAAUGCUGACUUGAGGAAGCUAGCUGUGAACAUGGUGCCCUUUCCUCGCCUCCACUUUUUCAUGCCAGGCUUCGCCCCUCUGACAGCACGGGGCAGCCAACAAUACAGAGCUCUUACUGUGCCUGAAUUAACCCAGCAGAUGUUUGAUGCCCGCAACAUGAUGACAGCAUGUGAUCCCCGGCGAGGUCGAUAUCUCACUGUAGCUGGUAUAUUCCGUGGUAAAAUGUCCACUAAAGAGGUAGAUGAGCAGAUGCUUGCAAUCCAGCAGAAAAACAGCAACUACUUUGUCGAUUGGAUCCCCCAUAAUGUCAAGGUUGCUGUGUGUGACAUUCCCCCACGAGGCUUGAGAAUGGCUUCCACGUUUAUUGGCAACAACACAGCCAUUCAGGAGAUAUUCCGUCGAGUGGGUGAGCAGUUUUCUGUGAUGUUCAGACGGAAGGCUUUCCUCCACUGGUACACAGGAGAAGGUAUGGAUGAAAUGGAGUUCACUGAGGCAGAGCACAACCUCAACGACCUGGUGUCUGAGUACCAACAGUACCAAGAGGCCACCGCUGAUCUAGAUUGGGAAGUAGAAGAUGAAGAAGAAGAAGGACCCUCACCAGCAGCGACAAGGAAAGUUCAAUCUAGAACAGAAGUCAAACUGGAAACAGUUGUAGAAACAAGUAAAGAAACUGUAGAUGAUCAGUAAGCAUGGGAUGUACAGUCUGGCAAAACAAAAGAUACU